GCAGAAUAUUCACCAGCUAAGAAAUACUAUAUAUUAAGACACUUCAAGAUCUUCCUACAAAGAUCAAAAAUAAUAGAUAUAAUAUAAAGAACUUCAAUCAACAAAGAAGAACCAAGAAACACAGCUCCAGGGAAUAUAGACUUCAAAAGUUGAAAACCCUAUAAAAGAAUAAGAAGAAGAGGUCUAGGAAGAAAGAAGAAAGAAAAUAGAUCCAGGGGAUAUAAAAGAAGAAAGAAGAGUGAGGUCUAAGCUGCCAAAGGAACAAAAUGUCCAAAUUGUACGCUCAUAAUUACGAGAAUGCUAGACGUCUGGUGUCCAGCACAGUGGAGAGUCUAACGGGGAAGUUUUUCCCAAGUGUCUCGUUUGAUCAACUUGGGGAAAAUUCGUAUGGUAAUGAGGUCGUAUCAAGCUUACCCCUUCAAAUGGUGCUUUACUUCUCGGCUCUUUUCUUCCCCUUCUGGUUAACGUCCUCAAUGAUCAUGGUGACACUGAAGUUUCAAUACGUGUCCAACUUAUAUCAGUUUGUCCUGGUUGCCAUAUAUGUGGCAGUUCCUCUGAUUGAGAUCAUUCGCCUGUAUAUAGGACAUAUUGGAAAUCUAGAGGAAAAGGUUCCAGAAUUGGCAGGCAGUUGGCUCCUCACACUUCUUUUGCAACUCCCUCUCCUGGUUUUCCUGCUGGUUGUUCCGGGAAUUUGGCCUCUGCCCAUGGACUAUGCGGUCAACUCCAUUUUCCUUAUAUUCAUAGUGCUUCAUCUCCUCUUUGGAUAUCAUGCAAUAAAUACAACUGCUGCUCAUCAAACGAGGUUAUAUCAUAUGUACAUGGUGAUGAGGCAGAACCAAGAUGAAUGAAUGAAGUAGCUAUACGUUGUCAUAUUUGUUACUCAUUGCUUCUGUUAUUACUAUGAGUGAUAGUUGUCAUUAUUACUUUAACUGUUGUGGUUUUUGUAGUUUAUAGAUAAACUACAUGGUGCUCCCAAAAGCUGUUUUCUCUUCACUCUUAGUAUCUCACAUCUUAACAAAUUUGUAAACACACA